AUGGAUUAUGCUCCCACAGAACGUAUAUACUUGGUCAGAGCCUCCAAAGGACCUAGAUCAGCAGAUGAUCAAACUGAUACAUUAGUUGAACAAGAUCCUACUUUCAUUGAAAAAUCAAUUAAUAUUCAUCACAAUAAUCCUAAUAUGACUGUUAAUAUGCAAGAUAAUAUUCAUCUACAAAGUGGUUCAGGUCGUGGACCGAAUACGGAGGCGAGAUCGAAUGCGACAGGAAGUGGAAAUUCUUCUGAUGCGGUUAUGUGGAUAAGACCAAGUACACCUUGUAUCGGCGUCUUCGUCUUUGACUAUCUGACGGUAGCUCCAGUGAAUGAAUUGAGCAACAGUAAUGUACCCAGUGAAUCGGUGUUUAUUUAUCGACCGGAUCGCCGUCUGGAGAUUUGGCGUUACGUAUCUUACAUGUUGUUGCAUGCGAACUGGUUUCAUCUGAGCUUCAACAUUCUGAUUCAACUGCUCUUCGGUGUGCCCUUGGAAUUGGUGCACGGUUCGUUGCGUGUUGCUGUCAUCUAUUUGGCGGGUGUUUUUGCUGGAUCGUUGGGCACUAGCGUUGUGGACUCGGAAGUGUAUUUAGUCGGAGCUAGCGGCGGCGUUUAUGCACUACUAGCUGCACAAUUAGCAAGUAUUUUGUUGAACUUUGAACAAAUGCGUUACGGUAUCUUACAGUUGAUGUCAGUGAUUAUUUUUGUUUCCUGUGAUUUGGGCUUCGCAUUUUAUACAAAGUAUUUUUCAACUGAAAUUAGAGGUCUGCCUGCAGUUUCGUAUAUCGCUCAUCUGACGGGUUCCUUGGCUGGCUUCACAGUGGCACUUUUAAUAUUGAAAAAUUUUGAGAGUAAGACUCAAUCGAAAGUGAUUUGGUGGAUUGCUUUAAGCUCCUAUUUGACAUUUACAAUAUUCGCGAUUGUAUUCAACUUACUAAAUACAAUGACUGCACAAAGGCUUGAAGAAGAGGGCGAGGAAUUAAAACAACAUUUGUUACAUGAUUUGGGUAUUUCCUAGGUGAAUUAAUGCAACUUUAUAAAAUUUUAUAAACUUUUUAAGAGUUAC